UUUCUGCCCCGACAAUGACCCAGACCAGCCCCAGCUACCUGAAAUCCCACUUUUCUUUUGAGCUCUAAUUUCACUCACUGUGGGAAGUUGUAAUUGCCGCAUUGGGUUACCCAAAAGAUCAGUAGUGAGCUGCUCACUCUGUCUUUCAGGCCUGAGCCCCAACCAGUAGAUCCAGUAGCUGAGGCCAGGAAAUGGCUGUGCAGGAACAGUUGUUGGAGUAUCCAUUGAUGCAAAUUUGGGAGUGUAUUUCAUCUAGCUCACAGACCAACCUCUGACUCCAGAUUUACACAGGAUGGUGAUACAAACAUAAAAGUGGAAAGUCCUUGUGAUAUAAAAAUAUAUUGCUGUGCCAUAUUUAAGUACAAAAAUAAAAAAUCAUGGCAGCUAAACAAGAGACAUCUCAGAAAAAGUAUGCUGUACUAAAAGCUGAUAGUUUCGUAGAUAAUGAGCAUUAAAACUACUUACUUACACAGCAUUAAACAUGUUUGAUGCCCUUUUAAUGUUUUCUGUAAAUAAAAGAGCCUUUGGGUGUCUUUGUUUAUGAGGUAAACAGACAGUGAGGCCGCAGGGCUGAGGCUGAGCGCGCUGCUGCAUAUUAACAGAGCACCAUCUAGUGACAGGAAUGGAAACUACCAUAUAUCAACCAAACAAACAUGAGUACUUUAGUAUGAUGAUGAAUACAUGAUACUAUGGGUAAUAGAUGCAAUGAUUUUAAACAUCCAGACAGUGUGAGGCUCAUGAGUCUACUGCGGUUGCAUGAGUGACACAGAUUCAGACAAAGAAAAGGGAAGUCCGCGGUGAUCACUUGACAGGCUCUGAUGGAGGACAUGCAUGGCCUAAUAAAGAUCCUGUCAGGGGAGAGCAAACAGCGUCAGAGGAUAAACCAUGACUGGAAAAAAGAGUCUGAUUUACAAUAGACAGUUGUAACGAUGUGAAAAGCAAACAAGUAAGCAGAGCUUAGCAGCCAAUGACAAAGGCUGAGAUAUGUGUGGGAUGGACCCAUCUGACUGUCUGUCUGCAUCACUCUGCUCAGGCUGCUGUUAUCACUGAUGGCUAGAACAGUAAAUAACACUGAAAAGCCUCUAUUGUGCAAUCAGUCUGUGUCUAUGUUUUUUCUAUGGCGGGGCAUUAGAUUCUCUUCUAUGACAAGUCCAAAGUACUGACCUGAUUUUGAUAGCAUCUGGAAAAGACAUGCUUACAGAAAUAGCGUUUAGAAACAUGUUAAUAUCAAAAUAUCGUUUUUUACCCACCAAAUAUCAACACAACCUAACACAAUUGAACCAGGGAAGGACUACAAUGAGACUAAAAAGUGAAGAAAGCAGGACCACAUAGAACAUCAAACAGAGGUUCCAAAACAAAUAACAUAGAGAAAUUUGGUGAAAUAUAAAGAGAAUAAUCAAGAUUCAUAUAGCACAUGAGCCCAAAGGGGUAAAAAACAGUAAUAAAUAUGCCAUAACAACUUAAAUAAAAACAUACACUGUUGAUCGCAAUGUAUCCCAAAUUCCAAAUAAUUCCAAAUAACCAGUUUAUAAACACUGACAGCCAGACCAGCUUUCCUCAAAUUAAAAGAGAAUGGAUUUAAAAGCUUGUAAAGAAGUAACCAUUCUUCAGAGAUCUACAUCAAAUUAAAUGUUGUCCUGGACUUGAGUCCCUGAGCUAUAAUUCUUUUCCUAUGACCUCUGAAAAUACAGAAAGUGUAUUUUUACACUGAAAUGCAUGAAAAGCAAACUAUAAUUUUUGCUCCUGAGAGCAUAAAAAGCAACACUGCAUGGGGCUGAAACAAUAAGAGUAACAAUCAAAUAGUAAACCAACAGAAAAUAAAUCUGCAACUAUUUAAUAAAUGUUUCUUAUUUACAUACAUAUUUUUAUUGUAAUCCUUAUUUUAUAACAUAUUCAAUUUGGGUAAAUGUGUAUUUAUGUGUGUGUGCAGGUUGGUUUAUGUAUGUAUGAAAUGUGACGUAUGUUUUUCUUUUUCUUUUUUCUGCUUAUUCGUUUUUUAAAUAUUCUCAGGUUUUAAUAAGUACUAUAUAUAAACGUAUGUAUAAUCUAUUAUUGAUGACUUGUUCUUGCUCUAUUUUUGUUUUAUUUUAUUCUUUCAGCUUGUGACUGGGGUUUUUCAUUAUUUCCUGACAUUUUGUAGAUGAAACAAUUUAUGAAAAUGAUCUGCAGAUUAAGUAUUAAUGAAAAUAUUUGUUAUAUCCACAACCAUCAGGGUUAAAUUGAUGAUUUUGGAUAUUUACAGAGCCUCAUCGGCUCUGUGAGAACACACAAACUGUCUGAUCAACUUUAAUCAACUCAAAAGGAAUGUCGGUGAACAAUAAUCAAUACACUGGGGAACUGCUGUGACGAAAAACACACGGCAUACUUUAUUAAACGUUGUUUCCCUGUGCUCAGUUACUGUAGGUGUGUAUCUCUUGGGCUUCAGGUUCCCAGGUAAUAAAUUUAAAAUGUUAAUUUAUGACAGCACAGUAGAGAGGUUUAAAUUGAGACAGAGAGGAAGAACUCUUCUUCUCAGGACAGCGGGAUUCAGCACAGGAACAGGUGAUACGCCUGCCUUCAUAGGUAAGACACAUUUUUUGGUGUUGUUAUAUCAUGAUUAGAGAAAUUAAUUACAACAUGAAUUUGUGAUAUUUUGCAGGACUUUUCUGCUGUUACAACACACAAUAAAACCCAGACAUGACAGUUUCUUACACACUUGAAGUGGCCAAUGCGAGAUUUGGCGGCUUCUCCAAGCUCCUGUUCAGGUGGAAGGGAAGCAUUUACAGGCUGCUUUACAAAGAGCUUCUGGUAUUUUGUGCAGUUUAUCUGUUUUUCAGUUUGUUUUACAGGUUUAUGCUCACACCAAAGCAGCAGGAUCUGUUUGAGCGCAUUGCCCUUUACUGUGAUCAGUUCACCAACACCAACUUCAUCCCAGUUUUGUUUGUUCUGGGUUUCUAUGUGAGCCAGGCCUUUAAUCGAUGGUGGGGUCAGUACACCAGCUUCCCGCUGCCUGAUAACCUGAUGAUGGUGGUAUCUGGGAACGUCCACGGGGCAGACGAGAGGGGUCGUCUGCUGCGACGAACACUCAUGAGAUAUGCCAACUUAUCUUCAGUUCUUAUUCUCCGCUCCAUAAGCACAAGAGUUCACAAGCGUUUUCCAAGUUUGGAGCACAUUGUGGAGGCUGGAUUUAUGACAACACACGAGCUGAAGAAGUUUGAGUCGCUGCACUCUGAUUUCAACAAGUACUGGAUGCCUCUGACUUGGUUCUCAAACCUGGCAUCCAGAGCAAGAGAGGAGGGUCGAGUGAGGGAUGACAUCGCUUUGAGACUGCUGAUGGAUGAGCUGAAUAACUACAGAGCCAAGUGCAGCCUCCUGUUCCACUAUGACUGGAUAAGCAUCCCUUUAGUCUACACUCAGGUAGUCACUAUAGCAGUUUACUCUUUUUUUGCCUUCUGUGUGAUUGGCCGACAAUUUCUGAACCCUGAGAAAGGAUACAAGGAUCAUAAAAUUGACAUGUACGUCCCUGUUUUCACCCUGAUGCAGUUCUUCUUCUACACUGGCUGGCUCAAGGUGGGGGAGCUGAUCAUCAAUCCGUUUGGCGAGGACGAUGAUGACUUUGAAACCAACCAGCUGAUUGACCGAAACAUUCAGGUGUCAAUGCUGGCUGUAGAUGACAUGUACCAGAAUCUGGCUCCAAUUGUGAAGGACAAGCACUGGGCGCAGAGAAAUUUCACCGUCCCUUACACUCUGGCAACAGCAGCAGAGACUCACAAACCGGCCUUCAAAGGCUCCACCUUUGACAUGAGGAUGAGUGCUGAGGAUCUUGAGAUUACCCAGGCUGCUGACACUCCUGGAGAGAAACAGUGUUUCCCUCUUAAGGGCUCUCUGGGCGAUGGUCUCGACAGUCUUCUGCAGAGGGGCAAAGGCAUCCUGCGUGGUGGGAGCCUCCCUUCUAUGAUGGAUGUCUUGUCACAUCCUAAUGAGGAAGAUGAUGCUGAGGGUGACAUCAAUGCCACCAACCACAAAGAACAAGAAAAGGCACUGAUUAAAGUUGCAGUGGAACACAACUAGAGAAAAAAAAUUUUUUAACCAAGAAUGCUUUAACAUAUUUUUGAUUUGACACAGCUAAAUUAAUUUGUGAAAUAAAACAUUCUUGUUCUUACUAUG